CCGAGGAGCGGCCGAGGGCAUGGCAGAAGGAGGGCACGCGGGCGCUCCUCCCGUCCGCCUGUGGGUGCGCCGCGUAGGUGUUUACUGCGAUGAGCACCGCAAAACGUGGCUCGUGGCUGCGGAAGAGGAGGAAGGUAUGCUGAGGGCUCGGAUCCAAAGAGUUCAGGUUCCCCUGGGUGAGGCGCUGCGACCCAGCCAGCUCCCCCCAUCCCGGCUGCCUCAUAUGUGGCAGCUGUCCCAGGGUGAGCAGUACAGGGAUAGUAACUCUCGCGUUUGGGAGAUAGAGCACCAUCUCAUGCUCGGUGGUGUUGAAGAACUGCUGCUUAAACUCGUGCCUGGUGAUUAAUCUGCGAACAACUACGUGGAGUCUAAGUGUGCAGCUGUGCUUCAGGAGAUGCGGAAGUGCUGCGCCCGGUACCCCAAGGGCCGCUCCAUCUGUUGUUCAGGUUUUGAGAGAGAAGAAAGAGAGAGAGAAAAGCUUAAGACUA